GACGUAAGAGGGUUGGGGCAAGAGAAGAGAGAAGGAGAGAAAGAUGAGUUGGCAGGGGAGGGUAGGCCGGUGAGACAGAACAGGUCUUGAUAGAGACUGAAGGAGACAUGGGAGGAAGGGCUAGUGGCCAGACAGAGGAGAGAAAGAGGAGAAGCGAGAAGCAGGAAGCACGUGGAGGGGAAAGAAAGGCAGCCGUGAAGAAGGAAGACACAGGUGGGCUGGGGGAGGAGAGGAGAGAAGAGAGUCAGGGAAGCUGGAGGGAGGAAGGGCCAGCAUGUGGGCAGGGUCUGGUUUCAAGUGUGAGCGCCCCCUGGGAGGAGGGGCGGACACUGCUCAUCUGGCUGGGACCCCAGGCAGCAGUAAGAGGCCGACCACUCCACCUUCUGUUCAUUCGGCGACGGAGGAAGCCGUCCUGCCUCUAAAGAUGACAAAGAGCUGCUGGCUGCAAAGAAGACCCACACCUGUGAGUAGAGGACUGGGGCAGGAACUGGUGCUGGGGUGUGGAGAGAUGGCAAAGAAUUCAGCAAGGGCGCCAGGAGGUCCAUGUACGGAGCUGGAGCAACCGGGCAGAGGUGGCCAGAUCUUAAACCCCCCGGCCCAGAAGCAUUGGGGGAGAGCUAGUGCAGAGCUGCGGACUGAGGCUCUGCCAAGAGGGCCUGGCCCCCACCCCUGCUGUCAGCUGCGCCCCAGCCCUGGACCACCCCGGCUGAGAAGGACAGGGAGCCCAGGCGGCAAAGCCCAGGACUCAGUCAUGAGAACUGACCCCUCCAUGCGACUCCAGGCUCAGAAAGGAUGGAGAUAUCCAUCUAGGAGGAGGGACAGCAACAUGGCAGGGGCGCGGGGCCAGAGCCUGGGUCUUUCUGGGGGCCCUGGCCUUCCCACAGCAGCAGAGGCCCUCUGGAAAGGAGACUCGAGCCUCGGGAAGGCCGCUGGCGCACAAAUUGAAGUGAUUCCGUGCAAAAUCUGUGGGGACAAGUCAUCUGGGAUCCACUACGGGGUUAUCACCUGUGAGGGGUGCAAGGGCUUCUUCCGCCGGAGCCAGCAGUGCAACGUGGCCUACUCCUGCACCCGUCAGCAGAACUGCCCCAUUGACCGCACGAGCCGCAACCGAUGCCAGCACUGCCGCCUGCAGAAGUGCCUGGCCCUGGGCAUGUCCCGAGAUGCUGUCAAGUUUGGCCGCAUGUCCAAGAAGCAAAGGGACAGCCUGCAUGCAGAGGUGCAGAAACAGCUGCAGCAGCGGCAACAGCAGCAACGGGAACAAGCGGCCAAAACCCCUCCCGUGGGAGCCCAAGGAGCAGAACCCCUCGCCUGCACCUUGGGGCUCCCGGAUGGGCAGCUACCCCUGGGCUCCUCGCCUGACCUGCCAGAGGCCUCAGCCUGUCCCCCCAGUCUCCUGAGAGCUCCAGGCUGCGGGCCCUCCUACUCCAACAGCCUGGCCAAGGCCGGGCUCAAUGGGGCCUCGUACCACCUGGAAUACAGCCCUGAGCGGGGCAAGGCUGAGGGCAGGGAGAACUUCUAUGGCACAGACAGCCAGCUGGCCCCGGACAGGGGUGGACUUCACUCUGAGGACCCCAGGCGUCCUGGGCUUGGGGAGCCAGGACGGGGCCUGGACAGCUACUUCACCCCCAGUUUCCGCAGCACCCCAGAGGUGCCUUAUGCUUCCCUGACGGAGACUGAGCACCUGGUGCAGAACGUUUGCAAGUCCUACCGGGAGACGUGUCAGCUGCGGCUGGAGGACCUGCUCCGUCAGCGCUCCAACAUCUUCUCGAGAGAGGAGGUGGCUGGCUACCAGAGGAAGUCGAUGUGGGAGAUGUGGGGACGCUGUGCCCACCGACUCACCGAGGCCAUUCAGUAUGUGGUGGAGUUCGCUAAGAGGCUCCCGGGCUUUAUGGAGCUCUGCCAGAACGACCAGAUCGUGCUGCUCAAAGCAGGAGCCAUGGAAGUGGUGCUGGUCAGGAUGUGCCGGGCCUACAACGCUGACAAUGACACAGUCUUUUUUGAAGGCAAAUACGGUGGCGUGGAGCUGUUCCGAGCCUUGGGCUGCAGUGAACUCAUCAGCUCCAUCUUUGACUUCUCCCGCUCCCUGAGUGCCUUGCGCUUUUCAGAGGAUGAGAUCGCCCUCUACACAGCCCUCGUCCUCAUCAAUGCCAACCGGCCAGGGCUCCAAGAGAAAAGGAAAGUAGAACAGCUGCAGUGCAAUCUGGAGCUGGCCUUUCAUCAUCAUCUCUGCAAGACUCAUCGCCAAGGCAUCCUGGCAAAGCUGCCACCCAAGGGGAAGCUGCGGAGCCUGUGUAGCCAGCACGUGGAAAAGCUGCAAACCUUCCAGCAUCUCCACCCUAUCGUGGUCCAAGCUGCUUUCCCUCCACUCUACAAGGAACUCUUCAGCACUGAAAUCGAGUCACCCGAGGGACUGUCCAAGUGACCUGGAGGAGGGACUCCGUUCCCUUUCCUAGAGCCUGCUGGCUCACCUUUCCCUUGGUCUUUUCCUUUCCUGUGACCCCUGGAGGGUGGUCUCUGACUGUUUGGGGGGAUGGGUGAACAAACGCUGAGACUGGGUUUCAGCCCACCGGCCUGCCUGGCAGCAGGCCAAGACCCAGAGGGUCGGGAUGGAGGGACUCUGUCCCCAGCCUCAGCUUUGUCUGGGCUCCUUUCCCAUGCCCUGUCACCCCCAGCUUCUGGGAGGCCUGGGGUGGGAUACAAGGACCUCUCGGAGGACCUAGGUAUCCUCAGGACAAUAGGGGGUUCCAGGACACCCUGGAUGAAUGGAACUCAACUCUGGACUCAGAAGCUAAGAAUAGGACUUUGAAAUACCUCAUUGCAUUUCCCUGGGGCUUUGGCUGGGGUGGUGCAACAAGCUUGGAGACUGGCGGCCGGAGCCCAGAAGGACCUGCGUAUAACAUGAAUCUGCAUCACUA